CCAAGACUGUACUGACAUACUCGCCCUUGGGAUUCGGCACAGUCAUGUUUACACCAUCGGCAACCCACAACCAUUCCAAGCCUACUGUGACAUGGACACUGAUGGCGGUGGGUGGACGGUCAUACAGCGGCGACAGGACGGGUCUGUGCCGUUUGACAGGACUUGGACUGAGUACGAGCAGGGAUUCGGCAAUCCUACUGUAGAGUAUUGGCUGGGAUUGGGGAACAUCCACAGUCUGACAACACAGAAACAAAACGAACUGUACGUGUACUUGGAAGACUGGGAAACAAACAGUCGGUUUGCGCGGUACAGCACGUUUUCUGUAGGAGAUGCCAGCAGCAAGUACACGGCAACGAUCGAGGGAUACAACGGGACUGCAACUGAUAGUUUGGACCCGUCUUCUCAAGAUGGGCGUCACAGUAUCAACAACAGACCAUUUUCUACAACAGACCAAGAUAACGACGGUGUCAGUACCGACUGUGCGGGUCGAUUCGGACAAGGUGGCUGGUGGUACACUCUAAGUUGUGGUUACGCCUUGUUGAACGGACAGUAUCUGACCGGCUGCUCAGUACCUUUAGCUUACUGCUCCAGUGCAAACGGAAUCGUCUGGUACACUUGGAGACGUUACCAGUAUUCCUUGAAGAAGACGAUCAUGAUGGUCAGACCAGCUAAUUUUUCCGUCUCAUCAUUCAGACCGUGCCAGAAUGGUGGAACCCUCACGUCAGGACCUGUUGAGUCAGGACUAUAUAUCUGCACGUGUGCACACGGAUGGUACGGUGCAUUUUGUGACCAGGAAAGUCCUAAAGACGUGACAGUGAGCGUCAACACAGUGAACUCUACGACCCUACACGUUACCUGGACGGUAGGAGUAUCCGGUAACAUCAGCAUCAUCGACUCCCAAGUACGUUACAAACAGAGUGACACGGAGAGCUGGGGAGCAUGGACGUCAGCUGGAGCUUCUAUUGGGGACGGCGAUGUCUACAUUUACAACCUACGACCAGGAGCCAUGUACGAUGUUCAAGUGCGGGUGAACACCUCGUUAGGGUGGAGUGAUCUUAGCAAUGUGAGGGGAACUACAGUCGAAACGCCUCCCGGUCCUCCCCGCAAUUUGGCAGCCGUACCAACCUCACACAACUCUGUCCACCUGACCUGGGAUCCUCCGAUAGAACCCAACGGCAAGAUCCAUAACUACACAGUUCAAUAUGGAGCAUCGCAGCAUUGCUUUGAGUAUGCGUUUCUACUUGAAGUUACAACUGCAGGCGACAUCACCACUACUGUUAUUGGACACCUAGACCCGUAUACAAACUACGCAUUCCGGGUGCGAGGGUCAAAUAGUGCAGGAGGAAGCAACUUUAGCAACUGUAACAUCGCAAGGACGCUGGAAUAUUACCAACCUGCACCUGUUGCUGCUAUCGUUGGCGGCAGUGUGUCUGCUCUGCUGGUGGUUCUUCUGGUGACAAUAGGGAUAGUUUGUUAUAGGAAAAGGAAGGCCGAAGACGACCGGGACCCUACAGAUCCUCAGAUAGACCUGACGAUAAUCAUGGAAAACGAACCGUCCACGGAAGAAUCAGCUGAGAAUCCUGCAGCAAUAGAAGAAGACUUCUCACCAUAUGACACGACUAUUUACAGCAUCGCAGACCUCGUCACUGUUGACGAUGUAGUGGAAUUCCUAAAAGCCAAGGGGCUUGGCCAAUAUGCUGCAGCAUUCAGGCGGCACAAGGUAGACGGAGAAGGAGCCAUGUCCCUGACCAGUGACAUGCUUGCUGAGCUCGUCCCUGAGAUCGGACCGCGGGCAAAACUGCAGAAGGCCCUUCAAGAGCUGAAGGACAAUCAGGAGUCCGCUGAAAGCAGCAGACCACUCCACCCUGGCUGGGAAAUCCCCCGCUCCAGCCUGAAGCUCGGCAAAGUCCUGGGGAAGGGUCAGUUUGGAGAAGUCCGUAUAGGGGAGCUGAGGAAGAGAGGCGUCACCCAGAUUGUGGCAGUUAAGACACUGAAAGCUUCUGCAGAGGAAAAGGAUAAAGAAGACCUCAUUGGAGAGCUGGACAUACUGGUUACAGUUGGUCGUCAUGACAACAUCAUCAGUCUGGUUGGUGCAUGCACGGUAGAAGGCCCGCUGACACUUGUUGUUGAAUACGCACCCAAUGGAUGUCUGAAGGACUGGCUGAGAAAUAACCGUCCCAAGGAGCUAAACCGGUCAGACAACAGAAACCUUGCCACCUCCGGGAUUCUGUUGCCAAUGGAGCAACUGAUCACGUUUGGUAUAGACAUAGCAAGUGGGAUGAGUCACCUUGCUGCCAUGCAGUGUGUCCACCGUGACCUUGCCGCCAGGAAUGUGCUCCUCGGGAAGGACCUGACGGCCAAAAUCUCAGACUUUGGUCUGUCACGGGAUAUCUACGAGGGAUCUGAGUACGUCAAGAGCACGAAGAGUCAGCUUCCUAUCCGAUGGGUGGCAUACGAGUCCCUGUUCUACAAGGUGUACACCACACAAAGUGACGUGUGGUCCUUUGGAAUCCUUCUGUGGGAGAUAAUGACAAUGGGUAAACAGCCCUAUGGCAGGAUGACAGGCAAAGAGCUCAUGAAGCUUCUCCCAGGUGGCUACAGGCUGGGGAAACCCGCUAUGUGUCCCCAAGAUGUUUACGAAGUGAUGAAGACCUGCUGGGAAACACUUCCUGAGAACAGGCCAACUUUCCCGGAGCUGAAGGCAAUACUGGAUCGGAUCAUUCAAGAUCACAAGACAUGUGCCUCAUUGCUGAAUUAGCAAACUACAAGGGAAGAGAGCGAAGGAGCAGAAGCUUUUUGCCAAGAAGGAAAUAUGAUACUGUCUUAUUUUGUAAAUAACAAGAACACAAGAUUUGUAUGUUGAUUGUAACUAGGACUAUCCAGUAUACGGAAUUCAGUUUCACUGAACGAAAUCGUCCAUUGCUUAUAGAAUAUGUCAAUAUUAAGCUGUAUAUAUCCAAUAUUUUGUCACAAACACAGUGCAUGCUAGUAUACUGUACAGGUACACCAUAUCCAAAUAAUCUAUUAAGGACAAAUAGCUGAAAAAACAACUUACAUUCAUAUCUGGCUGUCCCAAUGGCUUGGUCACAUAUAUCAUACAUAGGUAGUUAACCCUUGUCCUGCGGAGCACAACAAUUAUUGUUCUGCACAUUCAGUACCAUCCAUAUAGCACCCUGUAUAGGUACGA